ACCCGCGCGCACGCGGACACACGCACUCACACAGACAUGUAUUCACCGCUGUGUCUGACUCAGGAUGAGUUCCAUCCGUUCAUCGAAGCCCUGCUGCCUCACGUCCGGGCCUUCGCCUACACCUGGUUCAACCUGCAGGCGCGCAAGAGGAAGUACUUCAAGAAGCACGAGAAGCGCAUGUCCAAGGAGGAGGAGCGCGCCGUGAAGGACGAGCUGCUGGGCGAGAAGCCCGAGGUCAAACAGAAGUGGGCGUCCCGCCUGCUGGCCAAGCUGAGGAAGGACAUCCGGCCCGAGUUCCGCGAGGACUUCGUGCUGACGGUGACGGGCAAGAAGCCUCCGUGCUGCGUGCUGUCCAACCCCGACCAGAAGGGCAAGAUGAGGAGGAUCGACUGCCUGCGCCAGGCCGACAAGGUGUGGAGGCUGGACCUGGUCAUGGUGAUUUUAUUCAAAGGGAUUCCUCUGGAGAGCACGGACGGCGAGCGGCUGGUGAAGUCUCCUCAGUGCUCCAACCCGAGUCUGUGUGUGCAGCCGCACCACAUCGGGGUCUCGGUGAAGGAGCUGGACCUGUACCUGGCCUACUUCGUCCACACAGAAUCCGGCCAAUCAGAAAGUCCCAAUCAGGCCAGCGAAUCAGAUAUCAAGGAGCAGCCAGAAAAUGGUCACCUGGGCUUCCAGGACAGCUUCGUCACCCCGGGGGUCUUCACUGUGGCCGAGCUCGUACGAGUCUCACAGACUCCCAUUGCAGCUGGGACUGGUCCUAACUUCUCAUUGGCCGACCUGGAUAGCUCCUCCUACUACAGCAUGAGUCCAGGAGCCAUGAGGAGACCCCUGCCCAGCACCUCCUCCUCCAGCUCUGCUAAGAGGAUCAAGUGCAUGGAGGAGGACGUGGACAGUCCGGGGGAGGAGUCCUACUACCCGGGUCAGGGUCGCUCCCCGGGCAGCGGCAGCCAGGCCAGCAGCUGGCACGACGUGGAGCCAGCUGGAUAUAAGCUGCGUGGCUCUCUAGCUAGCUCGUUCAUCUCCCGACAAGGGAGGCCGUCGCCCGCUGCCGCUCUAAAGAAGUCAGAGAGGUCUCCUUUCUGUGGCUCCGCCUCCAGCUCCUCCUCCAGCUCCUCCUCUUCUUCUUUCUCCUCCUCCCCCCGAACGGCUUUCUCACACCAUCACCGGCCCGGCAGCACCUGGCCUCGAGCGAGCCCCCAUGCCCCCCCCUCCAGCCUCCACUUCUCCUCCUCCCCCAUCCUGCAGCAGCCCGGAUCCUACUUCUCUCACCCGGCCAUCAGGUAUCACCCCCAGGAGACGCUGAAGGAGUUCGUCCAACUGGUCUGUCCUGACUCCGCCCAGCAGGGGGGCCAGGUGGGCUUCCUCAACCCUAAUGGUAGCUCCCAGGGAAAGGUGCACAACCCUUUCCUGCCGACACCCAUGCUGCCCCCCCCUCCUCCUCCCCCGAUGGCCCGUCCCGUCCCACUUCCUGUCGACGCCAAGCCCCCCUCCACCUCCUCCGAGGGGGGGGGGCACUCACCCACCUCGCCCAGUGAGUGCACACACACACACACACACACACACACAACUUUUAGUGCAGCCUACUCCACCCCCACUACAUCUCCAGCCCAGCGGUUCGUCAGCGUUGGACCCAGAGACCCCGGCUUUAAUAUCCCUCAGCAGCCACAGUGGUACCUGGGAUGAGGACCUCAGAGGCCCCUCCUCCCUCCACCCACCUGGAUGACACACCGCUGCAGACUCCGCCUCCUCCAGCUGCA